AUACAAAUUUCAUGAAGCUUGGUCUCCUAAACAUCAGGUCACUAGCACCUAAAGCACUUAUCAUAAAUGAAAUAAUAACAGAUAACAAUCUUAAUGCACUCUGUCUUACUGAAACCUGGCUGAAACAAAAUGACUAUAUUAGUUUAAAUGAGGCAACUCCUCCAGGAUUCUUAUAUAAACAUGAGGCUCGUCAAACUGGUCGUGGUGGUGGAGUUGCGUCAAUCUUUAGUGAUAUUCUUAAUGUUAAUCAGAGAAACGGACUUAUGUUUAGCUCCUUUGAAGUACUAGCGCUUAAUGUUGUCCUUCCAAACACUAUGCAAAAACCUAUGUUAUCUCUCGCUCUAAUCACCAUAUAUAGACCUCCAGGACCCUAUGUCAAUUUUCUAAAAGAAUUUUCUGAUUUUAUCUCUGACUUACUAGUUAAAACUGAUAAAAUACUAAUUGUAGGAGACUUUAACAUCCACAUAGAUGACGCUAACGACACGUUAGGGCUCGCGUUUACGGACUUGCUGGUCUCACUAGGAAUAAAGCAAAAUGUUAUUGGUCCAACUCAUCGCCUAAAGCAUACACUAGAUCUAAUUCUGUCUUAUGGAAUUGAGGUCACUGAUGUAGACAUUAUACCACAAAGUGAUGAUAUUACAGACCACUACCUCUUACUAUAUAAGCUGUGUUUACCUGAAAUUAGCAGAUCCGCUCCGAUAUAUCGUCCUAGUAGAACUAUUGUUCCGUCCACUAAAGAUGAAUUUAUAAAUAACUUACCUGAUCUUUCUCUACUUCGAAAUGCACCCGCAAACGCAAAUGACCUUGAUGUAGUAACCAGCAGUAUGGAUGCCAUCUUUACUAGCACUUUAAAUACUGUGGCACCCAUCAAACUAAAAAAGACUAGAGAGAAUAAAACUACACCGUGGUAUAAUAGUCAUACCCGCGCUCUCAAAACAGCAACCCGUGCCCUGGAACGUAAAUGGAAAAAAACUAAUUUAGAAGUCUUUAGAAUUGCAUACAAAGACAGUAUGUCCAGCUAUAGGAGGGCUUUAAAAUCUGCCAGGGCUGAGCACCUCCGCAAACUGAUAGAAAAUAAUCAAAACAAUCCUAGAUUCUUAUUUAACACCAUCGCUAAAUUAACAAAUAAUCGGUCAUCUUUGGAACAAAACGUUCCACCGCAAUUAGUAGUGAUGACUUCAUGAAUUUUUUCAGUGAUAAAAUAGAAGGCUUUAGACAGAAAAUAGGAGAUAUUAAACUUU